CCGCUUGUAAACUCACUAGCAACACACGCUCUCUACUCAACGCUAACUUUCCAAAAUGUCUUACUACGCGAAUAACGAAUACAUUAUCGCGACAAACAACUCGAUCAACGAGAACAAAUACAACAGUGAAAAAAUGAAAAAUAGUGGCUUCAAGGCUUUGCUGAAGCCCAUCAUGAAAAUUAUUAAAAAAACGACCAAACGCGCUCCCGCUAAAACUGUUGACACAUGCUUGGAGGAAGAUCAGAAUUUAUGUAACGAGGCGUUAGAGCGCAAAAUAUACAAUGAGAUGGACGCAUGCCAGUCUGCGGCUUUCCUCGUCAACAACCAGGACGACUCCUACAACCUUGUGCCAAUCGCCCGCGAAGACUUCUACAUCCCUGUUCACUUCGCUCGCACAGAUGCCGGUACCUUCUUCUGGACCACAGUAUCAAAAUCUGACGCUGACUUCGCAACGACUCACUGCUACACCGAGUGCCAAACAGCCGAGCAGCAAUAUCCAGUCCUGCAGGACCGAUGGGUCCAGGCCUAAAUGAAGAAUCAAAAUGACAAUC